AAUGGUCAAAGUCGUUUCUUAGAGUUACGAUUUGAGAACAUUUUAGACAGUUGUCUUUCUUCCGCACCCAGGUUAAAAGCGUUGGGAGAAGCGGCACGAUUUCUUAAGAUUUUUGUUACCCCUUGUCGACGAAAACGAUUGACGAAUUUGUUGAACUGCGUCAAAAUACAACAACGGUAAGCCAAACUGCCAAAAGCCCUUCUUCUCUCCCAGGUUAAACCCAUCAGGAGAAAAGAGGGAAAAAGAAGAUAAAGAUGGCAACUUUGUCAGAGAUUUACACCAUGGAAGAAGCUGCUCUGCACAAUACCAAGGAGGAUUGCUGGGUUGUUAUUGAUGGCAAGGUAACUUCGGACUCUGAGAAUCUAGUUUGCUAAUCACUUUUAGAGGAGUCAUUGUACGUGCAAUUCAACAUCAUCGCCUUAAGGGUCAUCUGCCUAAAGGAGGGAGUGUAAUGUGAAUGAACAGCUUUUUGAGUGUUUAGGAGUUUUGGUUUAUGUUAUUUAGGAAACGCAUUUCAUUUAUCUUCUUGUUCUCGCUAGAUCCCGUUCUCCCAUUUUUAAUUUGUAACCGGAGAAUGAUAUGUCUGAAAACUCAUCCGCAGUUUUCAUCCACAUUAUGAAGAUGAAUUUUCCGUUGUAAAGUUAUUUCGAAUGAGGAUAUGUAUUGCACAUAGGCUGUUAAUCCCCUUGAUAUAGUGAUUGCUGAUAAGAUCUACAGCAGCGUAGAGAAGGCUUGAUCUGUUGCUUAGUCUAUACUCUAAUGCCUGUAUACUUUUGUGGUUUGUUAAUUGCUUUUAAAUGUGGACUUUGAGUUCCUACUUUUGUAUUUUCUUCAGUUGGCUUUUCCAUAGUGAAUUCUCUGAUAGCUGAGUGCAAGCCUAAGUUGAUUUUGGACUCUGCAACUGCUAAUUGGUUUAGCUAUGCUGUUACUUGAAUCCAGACACUGGGUUAGUUGUUGAUUAAAUAGCUUUAGAACCUAAUAUCCUAAGAUCCAUAGUAAAUGUAAUGCUGGCAGCACCUCAUAUUCAUGUAUGCAGCUCUUCUUGUGAUAGAAACUGUACUUUUUCAUUUCCAAUUUGAACCGGAUUAAGAUAGAAGUAGCUAUGAUAUUAUGUAUUACAGCUUUGCUUAUAUUCUUUUGAGACUGUCUUCUUUUAUGAUCUGAUGUCAAUUUGCUGUUAUUUUCGCUGCCAGGUCUAUGAUGUCUCGGCAUAUCUAGAUGAACAUCCUGGCGGAGAUGAUGUUUUAUUGACGGCAACUGGAAAAGACGCCACUGAUGAGUUUGAGGAUGCUGGGCAUAGCAAAAGCGCAAGGGAACUCAUGGAGAAAUUCUGCAUCGGGAGAUUGACCAAUCUUCGCAAGCCAUUCCCAGAAUGAAAAUAUUUUCAAAGAAACAAGCUUCUGAACUUCCCAAGAAGAUUGAAGAGUUCACAAAGCAAUACUGGAUUUAUCCAGUAGCUGCUUUGGGUGUAUCUAUGGUGGUUGGCUUCUUGUACUGGCGGAAGAAGUGACACAAAUUGGAUCCUCCUUCAAACUCAAAAAAAAGUUUUUGUCUUGGGUUUUUUUUUUUUUUUUUUUUUUUGUAACAGAUUGAGUUAUAGAAUUUUAUAGAUAAUUAAUCCCAUUUUUCGGGGUUGAGCUUUUCGACUCAUCCGAGCUGCACUUACAACAGCAGCAAUAUUUAUUUACCAAGAUCACGACGAAAGAUUGGUGCAAGAUUCUGAAUUUGUAUGAGCCCUCUCUAAUCUAGUUUUUGGACCUCUUAAGCAGGCCUACUUAAACUUGUUCCAAUGUCCAAUGUCUUUUCUUUCUUUUUUGGGUUGAAUGUUCCAAUAAUCUUCAAAUCGGUGUGCAUCUUGAUCUGAACCAUGCUUCUAGAAGUUUCCGUACUGUUUCAUUGAUUAGACCCGAUUUAAAACAAAUAAAACUAGAGGAAGUGAUUCUAUAAUUUUCCUUGCUGGGUUGAGAAAUCGUUAUGGCAGUUUGCAACAACUCAAUCAUCGGAUUAUAGCUCAAUCCCUGUAAUUUACUACUCAAUCCAGACUGUAAUAAUCAAUCAUCGAAUUAUAGCUCAAUAAUUCAAUUAUCGGAUUGUGUAGCUCAAUUCUUGUAAUUUAUUGCUGAAAGGUAUGGUUGAUUUAAUUUUCUUUUAAUUUUAAAUAUGAUUAUCCCUUCUGAAAGAAUUUUUUUUUUUUUUAAAUAAUUUUCACC